UGAGCAGUCGGGGUUGCUUUUUUCACCGGACAACUGGCAGCUAAUGGGCAGAAGAAGAGGAGAUAGUGGGAGAGAUCUCAUAGUGUUGCUCUGUACAGUCGGGUUUUAUUUGUACCCCUUGUGGAGGCUUUAGUGGAACCUAUUUAAUAAUAAGUCGUCACGGUUCAGCUUUAGCUCUCGCUUUAGCUUCGCAGCAUAGAUGUUUUAGAUGGAGUUCGCGCUGGAAAGGUCGCUGAGGUGUUUUGUGGACCAGAGCUCUUUGAGCUAGUGUUAGCUAGCCGCAGCCAGCCGUACACACUGCACAGUGCGGACCAGAGAGUGGAGCAGCGCGGUGCUGGCGGCCGCUCUACUCACAGAGGGACGGACAUCGGUAUUUACCUCUGACAAUGGGUCUCAUAUUCGCCAAACUGUGGAGCUUCUUUUGUAACCAAGAGCACAAGGUGAUCAUUGUGGGACUAGACAAUGCAGGGAAAACCACUAUUCUCUACCAAUUUCUAAUGAACGAGGUGGUCCAUACAUCUCCCACCAUCGGAAGCAAUGUGGAAGAAAUAGUUGUCAAGAACACCCACUUCUUGAUGUGGGACAUAGGAGGGCAGGAAUCUCUCAGGUCCUCCUGGAACACCUACUACUCCAAUACAGAGUUCAUCAUUCUGGUGGUGGACAGCACAGACCGAGAAAGGCUGGCUAUCUCUAAAGAGGAGCUCUACAGGAUGCUGGCCCAUGAGGACCUGCGGAAAGCAGCUGUGUUGAUAUUUGCCAAUAAGCAGGAUAUGAAGGACUGUAUGUCUGCAGCAGAGAUCUCCAAAUACCUCACCCUGAGCUCCAUCAAAGACCACCCCUGGCACAUACAGUCCUGCUGUGCACUUACAGGAGAAGGGUUAUGCCAAGGCCUUGAGUGGAUGACCUCCAGAGCCGGAGUCAGAUAGCCCCCUUCCUUCGCCAGUCAUGGCCUGACUACUUGCACCACUGCUCGGAUGGAACAACAUUGUUACUUUUUUUUCUUUUAAAGACAAACUUGGAGAGGAGCAGUAGCACACUUCCACAGAACUGUCACAGUGGAGCUGGUGCUUCUCCUGAAAAGUGACCAGAAAUAAUGAAGAGACUAGCUAAGAGUUUUUUGGAGUACUGCACCAGACUAUCAUCGACAUGAAAUACAUAUGUUGGAUUACAUCGUCUCUUAAAUGCCACAAAGUUGUCCAUACUUGGUGCAGCUGUUUUUUGUUUCUUUAUUUUAUUUUUUUUG